GGUUUCAAUAGGAAAAUGGAUGACGUCGCCAGCGCGCAAAGCGAAAAUGAAAAUUUGCGUAAAAUUCGUAAUCGCCUGAUGCAAUGGGAGUCCAAAACAGAUCCUCUCGCAGCGUUGAGCGCCCAGCAGGAGGAGCAUCUGGAUGUAUUGACCAAUUUGUGGCAUGAUGACGAAACAACGUUAACGUUGCCGGCCACGCCCACGAACGUGACAAAACCUACGGAGGACAACAAUGAGGCAGUGGUUGAUAUUAAGCUGCCGGCCGGUGGACUGCAAAAUACAAACGAUUUCCUGCUAUGGUUUGUCAAUGUCAACACUGAGAUCGAGCAACGUGGCGAUGCCAACUACCAGAAAUAUCUGCAGCAGUUGGAGCAACGCAAAGCGGACUGUGCUCACAUGCUCACCCAAAUCUCGGUGGCCAUGGAUCGCCUGGGUGCACUCAGUGCUGAAUACGAGUUUGUCUCGCAGAAGACAAGUUCGCUGAAUACGGCCAGUGAGCAGCUCAUCGAUGAGCAGCAUAAACUGCAAGCGCUAAGCAAUGAGAUCCAGCAUCGUCUGCACUACUUCAGUCAAGUGGAGCUAUUGAACCAGCGUCUACAGAGUCCCACACUGUCCGUGGCGAGCGAAGCAUUCCGCGAGUGCUUAAGCAAAAUUGACGAGUGCCUAAAUUAUCUGGCUGAGCAUCCAAACUUUAAGGAUGCCGCUGCGUACAAUGUGAAGUACAAGCAGUGUUUGUCCAAGGCAACGAGCCUGGUGCGCAACUACGUGGUUAAUAUCAUCAAUCAGGCCACGGAGGCAACUUUGCAUCCGCGUCAUGGCACCACGGCCGAUGCGUCGUUACAGGCACCCGAUGCUGCCUUUGCCUUGUACUAUGGCAAAUAUCAAACAUCGGCGGCAAAAGUGAAGCGUGUUGCCCAACUAGUCGAGUCACGGCUCGAGCAGAGCAGCAGCAAUGAAUAUGGUCAACUAAUGACCGAUUUGCAACAGCAUUAUUUGGCGCAGCGAGCGAGUGUCAUGUCCUCGGCCGUCAAUCAGUCCAUACUGAAUGUGAAGAAUGCGCACAAGGGUGAUCAUUGUUCCCUGACGCGCAGUGCAUGUGCUUUCUUGGUGCACGUGUGCCAGGAUGAGCAGCGCUUAUAUUAUCAAUUCUUUGGCACAGGCGCAGCGCAUCUGACUGUUUAUCUGGAGGGUCUCUGCACCAUUUUGUAUGACACAAUGCGACCAUUUAUCAUACACAUCAAUCAUUUGGAAACCCUCGCCGAGAUCUGUUCCAUUCUGCGCAUCGAAAUGCUGGAGGAGCAUGUGCAACAAAAUCCCAGUGGACUGGAGGCAUUCGCAAUCAUUGCGCAUCAGUUGCUUCAAGAUGUCCAGGAGCGUUUGGUAUUCCGUGCGCAUUUGUAUCUCCAGUCUGAUAUACAAAACUAUAAUCCAUCAACUGGUGAUUUGGCCUAUCCCGAGAAGCUUGAAAUGAUGGAGAGCAUUGCGCUGUCGCUGCAAGAGCCUGUCCAGCUGCGCCGCUCGGAUUCGCGUGCUUCCGUCACGUCCAAUGAAACGGAGAGCGUGGAUACCUCAUACAGAGUCAAACAAAUGAAUUCACCCGCUGAUCUGCAUGGCAUGUGGUAUCCAACGGUGCGACGCACGUUGGUCUGCCUAUCGCGUCUCUAUCGCUGCGUGGAUCUACCCAUAUUCCAGGGUCUAUCCCAGGAGGCGCUCAAACUUUGCAUUCAGAGUGUGUCGCAGGCAGCGAUUAAGAUCUCCGCUGCCAAGACGCCCAUUGAUGGCGAACUCUUUGAGAUCAAACAUUUGCUCAUCUUGCGCGAACAGAUUGCACCAUUUCGUGUGGAUUUCACCAUCAAGGAGACCUCGCUGGAUUUCAGUAAGGUGAAAACGGCCGCCUUUGGUCUGCUGCAGAAGCGCAAACAACUUUUCUCGAUGGGCAGCAAUAAUGCAUUGCUCGAAUUCCUGCUCGAGGGCACGCCACAGAUCAAGGAGCACUUGCUAGACUCACGCAAAGAAGUGGAUCGUCAGCUGAAGACGGUAUGCGAGCAGUAUAUCAAAGAUGCCGUCCAUAUGCUUGCCGGUCCGCUCGUGACAUUCCUUGACAAGGCACAAACACUGCUGUUGGCCAACGAUACAGCAAGCAAAGCGACGACGCCAGCUGCUGCUUCUGCGCCACCCGGCAAAAUCAAUUAUGUGCUCCGGCAGAGCAGCUGGGCAAGUCCACAGCAGAUCAGCAGCAUUAUCCAAGAGACGCAACGUCUGAUCAAAGCGAAGCUAGCGGUGCUGCAGCGUGCCAUGCAGCUCUAUCUGAGCAAUCGUGAUACAGAGUUUAUAAUCUUUCGACCCAUACGUAACAACAUCAUCCAGUCGUUUGUUAAGUUGGAGCAAUUGCUGACCACAAAUGGUUAUUCAGCAGAUGAUAUGAUCAUCACCAGUUGCCCCUCAGCCGAACAGGUGUCCAUCUUGCUUUCCAGCGCCAGCAUCUUGGCCGCUGAGGGCGUUGCCAGUUUUGCAGCAGCAGCGCGUAAGAUAAGCACCUCAUCCUCAGUGGAUGGUGCAACGGCCACAUCUGCUCGUAAACAUAGUAGCGUCUCCUUCAGCAAGGCGGAAGCCGCACAAGCUGUUGUUUUAGAGGAGCCGGAAAUUGAACACCCGGCGGAAACUGCAGUAACUGACGAAAAUAAGAGCGAUCCGGCGCAGCAGCCACAAAGUGUUGAGCAACCUGAUGGUGAGCAGGCGAACACAACUGUUGACAGUGCUGGCAUCCUUAAGAAUUCACCAGUUGUGCUUAUAGCAACCCAGCAGCAGCCGCCGCAGAUCAGCUCAGAAUAGUAUGCAAUAUAUAUGUUAGUCCCUAUGUAAUCCCCCUCAAUGUAUUUAUAAAUCUAAGUAAUUCAACAUGUACUAUAUAAAUUACAGUUUAUUCUUCCCAACUAGAGCGAUUAAAACGCGCCUGUUUGAAUUGAUUUUGCAA